AUGAGGGGUCUCAAAAACCUCCUCCCUCUCCUUUUCCUGUUUGCUUGUUUUUGGUCAGAAGUUUUCAUUGCUCUAGACACCAUAACUGUCAACGAGCCAAUGAGAGAUUCUGCAACUAUAGUUUCCGCAAGCCAAAACUUUAAAUUAGCGUUCUUCAGUCCUGUAAAUACUAGUGACCGCUAUGUUGGAAUCAUUCUCAAUAUUCCAGCACAGAGUGUUGUGUGGGUGGCUAACAGAGACGACCCCAUUACGGAUUCUGCAGGAAUGUUGACAAUUUCAGAAGAUGGUAAUGCUGUGAUCUUGAAUGGGCAGAAGAACGUACUAUGGUCGUCUAACGUAGCAAAUUCUGUGGCAAAUUCUAGUGCACAACUUUUGGAUACUGGGAACUUGGUCUUGAGGGACAACUCAAAUGGAAGAAUUUUGUGGGAAAGUUUUCAGACUCCUACGGAUACUCUUGUGAGGACAAUGAAAAUAGGCGUGAUAAGCAAAAAUAACAUGAUCCGGCUGACCUCAUGGCGAAGUCCCUCUGAUCCCUCAGUUGGAAACUUCUCUUUUGGCGUUGACCCUCUUCAAAUCCCAGAGUUUUUCAUCUGGAAUCAUAGUAAACCUUACUGGCGGAGUGGUCCAUGGAAUGGAAUUCCUGAAAUGAGUUCUGCAUACCAUAAUCGAUUUGAUCUGGUGACAGACCCUAAUGGAUCUGAAUAUUUUACACACUCCUUCAUCAAUGAUCUUGCUUUGUUAUACUAUGUAUUGAAUUCUUCAGGGGUUCUAGCUGAGAAGGUUUCGUAUUAUGGAGAUGGACACUCCAAGGUUUCGUGGACAAGUCUAAAGAGUGAAUGUGAUGUUUAUGGCAAAUGUGGCCCUUUCGGAAGUUGCAAUCCUCAGCAUUCGCCAAUUUGUACAUGCCUGCAAGGUUUUGAACCAAAAAACAAGGAGGAAUGGGACAAGGGAAACUGGACUGGUGGCUGCUCCAGAAAGGCAUUGCUGCAGUGCGACAGAAACAUCUCUGCUGGUCAAGAGGGCAAACCAGAUGGAUUUUUGAAGCUUGCAAACAUAAAAAUUCCAGAUUUUGCUCAUUUAAUGGAGCUCCUCAGGUCAGCUACAGAGCAAGACUGUGGUAAUCAGUGCUUGAACAAUUGCUCCUGCAUAGCAUAUGCCUAUAGUACAGGGAUUGGAUGUAUGUACUGGAGCAGCAGCCUAAUUGACAUACAACAGUUCUCUUUUAAUGGGGCAGACCUUCACAUAAGGGUGGCACAUACGGAACUUGGUAAUACAUUGUGCUAUGCUAUUGUUGCUGUUGCAUACCCGUGUUUCCGGAAGAACAUGAAGGCCGUCAUUGCAAGCACAGUAGUUUUGGGUCUUUUAUUCUUGGCCAUAUCGGCAUACUGUUUCCGGAAGUGGUUGACAAGGCACAGAGGGAAUAAGCAAAAUGUUGAAUUGUCAUUAUUUGAAGAAGGCGAAGUGUCUAAAAAGGAAAGCAUUCUGAGUGACAAGCCAGAACAAUCAAAUCUCGAAGAGCUGCCGUUGUACAGUUAUGAGACACUGGCUAUUGCAACGGAUACAUUUCAUGUGAAGAAUAAGCUAGGCACAGGUGGCUUUGGUCCAGUGUUCAAGGGGAAACUUUUAAGCGGCCAGAAAAUUGCGGUGAAAAGGCUUUCAAAUUCUUCGAAUCAAGGGAUCAAGGAGUUUAUGAAUGAGGUUGAGCUCAUUUCCAAGCUGCAACACCGUAAUCUUGUUAGACUCCUGGGGUGCUGUGUCGAAAGAGAAGAAAAAAUGUUAAUCUAUGAAUACAUGCCAAACAAAAGCUUGGAUGCCUAUCUAUUUGAUUUACAAAAACGAGAUUUACUUUAUUGGAACAGACGCAAAUUAAUCAUUGAAGGGAUUGGCAGAGGCCUCCUUUACCUUCACAGAGACUCGAGGUUGAAAAUUAUUCAUAGGGAUCUGAAACCAAAUCCUCUGCUGAGGGAAGGGAGAAGAGAAACAAAAUACAGCCAUGGUUUUUCUUCAUCCGAAUUGGAAGCUUUAACUGGCAUGUGUGAGGCUUUUAUACCACCUUUGCCGUUGAAUAAUUCUCCAGAGAUCGUUGGGAAAGAUGGCAAAACUAAAGAAGCUAUUCAGUCUUUUUACAAAUCUUCAGGCGCUCAGUACCCAAACCCUGAUGAGGUUGCUGAACUUGUAGUGAAGAGAGGAUUUCUGGAGGCUGUGAUCUUGGUAAGAAUCCUGUUGAUAAUUCUUUCAACAAGGCUGGGGACUCUGUUGCUAUGUGGGGCCCUGUGUUUUGGUAAAAAUUGGCCGUACAUCAACAAGUUUUCAGACAUCCCAGUUGAAGACAGAGAGAAAGUUAUCCAGAAAUGGCUCAAGCAUCGGUUCCUUACUCCCAUCAGGCUGCCAUUUGUACUUAUCAAGUUCUUGUGUCUUUACGCCUUCUUCACUCAGGUAUGGGAAGAUUUAAAAAAUCCAGCAUGGGAAGCCAUGGACUAUCAGGUGGAUAAUCGCAAGGACUCAUCAACUACGCCACAUGAGAAACCUCUAAUGAAAGGGAUGGUAGAGACCACACAUGAAACUGAGUCAACUAUCGUCAGCUCCCUCGUCCAGAAAGGCCUCAGAGUCGCAGAAGAUCCUAAAGAGAAGCUCUACAAGAUCAAAUGUGAUGUAGUAAUAGUUGGUUCAGGGUGUGGUGGAGGAGUUGCAGCUGCUGUUCUCGCAAAAUCUGGUCAGAAAGUAGUUGUCAUUGAGAAAGGAAAUUAUUUCACUAAGACAGACUACUCUUCCCUAGAAGGACCCUCCAUGAAUGAAUUAUAUGAAUCAGGAGGAAUCCUUGCAACGCUGGAUGGAAAGAUGUUGAUGCUAGCAGGAUCAACAGUAGGGGGUGGUUCUGCUGUUAAUUGGUCAGCUUGCCUCAAAACACCUAUGUCUGUGCUCCAGGAAUGGGCCAAGGAUUGCCAAAUUCCGCUUUUCACAAGUUCCCAAUAUAUAUCUGCCAUGGAUACAGUCUCUCAAAGAAUUGGUGUUACAGAGAAAUGUAGCGAAGAGGGGUUCCAGAACCAGAUCCUCCGUCAAGGUUGCGAAAAGCUUGGGCUUGGAGUUGAAUCUGUACCAAGGAACUCCUCAGAAAACCAUUACUGUGGUUCUUGUAACUAUGGUUGUAGAACAGGAGAUAAAAAAGGAACUGAUUCAACUUGGCUGGUAGAUGCUGUGGCUUGUGGUGCAGUGAUUAUAACAGGAUGCAAAGCUGAUAAGUUUGUACUCGAAAAGAAUAAAUAUGGGAGAUCGAGAAAGAGUAAAUGUUUGGGAGUGAUUGCUAAGUGUUUGAAUGGAGAUAUCACAAACAGAAUAUGCAUUGAAGCUAAAGGGACAAUCUCAGCAUGUGGAUCUCUUCUGACUCCUCCUCUAAUGAUCUCUAGUGGUCUGACGAAUCAACAUAUUGGAAGGAACCUUCAUCUACAUCCAGUAUUAAUGGCUUGGGGAUACUUUCCAGAGUCCGAUUCAGUGCUCAAGGGAAAAAUCUACGAGGGAGGCAUAAUCACCUCUGUCCAUAAAGUGGGAUCAGAUGAUUCCAGUGUAAGAGCCCUUAUAGAAUCUCCUGCUUUAGGACCAGGAUCAUUUGCAGCAUUACGCCCUUGGGAAUCCGGGCUUGAAACAAAGAAAAGGAUACUGAAGUAUGCCAGAACAGCUCAUUUAUUUUCGAUGAUUAGAGACAGAGGAUCAGGAGAAGUCAGGGCAGAGGGAAGGAUAAGCUACACUUUCGAUGCAACAGACAGAGAGAACAUCACAGCAGGGUUGCGUCAAGCAUUGAUGAUUUUGGUAGCAGCAGGAGCUGUUGAAGUAGGUACACUUCAGAGCAAUGGACAGAAAUUCAAAUGCAAGGGUACUAGUGAAAGAGAGUUAGAAGAGUUUCUUGAUGAAGUGACAGCAGCAGAGGGACCAAAAUCUUUAGUACAGAAUUGGACAACAUAUUUUUCUGCUCACCAAAUGGGGAGUUGCAGAAUGGGGCAGAGUGAAAAAGUCAGUGCUGUGGAUGAGAAUGGAGAGAGUUGGGAGGCAGAAGAUCUAUUUGUUUGUGAUGCUAGUGUUCUGCCCGGUGCUGUUGGUGUCAAUCCAAUGAUCACUAUCCAGUCAACAGCAUUUUGCCUCUCGAAUAAGAUAGCAGAGAUUUUGAAAGAACGAAAGUUCUCAGAUUGAGCUAAUUUUUCUUGCCUUUGUGCUUUGAUGUUGUCAGAACAAACAACAUUGGAGUGUUGCAUGUGAGAAGCACAGAAGAAACCUAAACUUGUAAAAAAAAGCAUCCAAUUUUCAGUUUUUGAUUUGUCAAGUUUGUAAAUUAAAUGGUGGAUCAUACUGUCAA